UGAACCCAUAACCAGCAUCUUCUUGAUCCCUUCCUGGAGUGUGCCCAGCUGAAACUGAGACUCGCCAAUUCUAAAGGCAGCAACCCUUUCCACGAAGCAUGUGUGACGCUCUCUGGGGCAACAGAAUUUCCACAAGCACUGAUAAAGAGAGAUCCGAAGAUCGUCAACGUCCCCAUGAACAACACCCUCACCCCGAUACAUAUCGCAGCAUUCCGGAGUUUUGUGGCCCUGGCAGGUGUCCUGGUGAAGGCUGGCUGCAAUGUCAAUGCUCGGGACGACAAUGGUAAGACAGCUCUUCAUAUGGCUGUACAAAGAUGUAAUCUUCAGAUUGUGCAACUGCUCCUUGAAUCCGGGGCGGAGAUCAACGUACAAGACCAGGAAGGAAAUUCUCCUCUACACGCCACCCACAUGGACAGCACGCUUCCUGGAGCUGAAGGUCCAAAAGACGCGGACUUGGCCCUGGAAAUCCGAUGUCAUCUUGUUGAACGAGGAGGAGCCAUCAGAUUGACGAACAAAGCCGGGAAGACACCUCUAGAUUUCGUGAAGAACAAGGAAGUGCGAGUUAUGUUGGAGAGAAUUUCAAAACGACCUUCGACCUCGUCAAUGAGCCAAUCAAAGCGUCUACCAGCACACUGGGAAACCAUGGGACAGGAUGGGUUCAAGAAGGUGGAGCUGAGUGAGUCCAACCCGGUGACGGCCUUUGAAUACAGACAUGUUGAGUCAAAGGUGGAAGAGACGCUGUCCAAUAAGAGCAUCGUGUCCAUCUACCGUAUCCAGAAUGUGGCAUUGUGGGAACAGUAUACUGUCGCAAAGGUCAACAUGGAACGUGAAUACGGUCGGGGUCUUGCCAAUGAAAAGCAACUCUUUCACGGAACCACACCAGACUCGGCUGAUCUCAUCCCGCAGCAAAACAUCGACUUCCGGUUAGCCGGAAGUAGAGUGGGCGCCCUCUAUGGCCAAGGAGCGUACUUUGUUGUGGAUGCCAAGUACGCGGAUGGUUAUGCUAAAGAAGACGCCCGCCGUCACAGGUUCAUGUGUUUGGCUAAAGUUCUGGUGGGGAAGUCGAGGCAAGGGAACCCAGAGCUGAAACGUCCCCCAGUAUUGGAUGCCAGCAACAAAACUAAACUCGCUGACUCAGCAUGUGAUAAGGAAACAGACCCGAGAAUCUACGUGAUUUUCAGCGAAGGUCAAAUAUACCCCGAGUAUCUGAUUGAAUAUCAUUAAAUCUCAAUUUAUCGUGUGUGUAUUUGUGGGGGUGGGGGUGGGGUUGGGGUUGGGGAUGCUUUUCUUGAACCUGCGAAUGCUGACUAACAGCGCACAAAGGACCACCAUCGGUUGGUUCUUUCAGGAAUGCGCCAGUGAAGAAUCACGCCACCUCUUUUUAUAUAUAAGCAUGUUAUUCUAGUUUAACUACACCUGUUUUAAUCGAUGUACAUUUGAAACCUAUUUACCACGAGUUGUUUGUAAGGGAACUUGCUGAUAUUCUACUCACAAUGUCACCUGACAUUUGUAUUUCAUACAUUCUCUUGCCGUUAGGAAUUGAGAACUAAUGAAAUAUAAACUGUGAUAAUUCACGUAACAUAACAUUUGAUAUAUUUGUUUCCAUCGUACAGUGUAAGAAUUAUUGCAACAAUAUCUGGUGGAUUUUAUGGGCGUUUUUUGUAUGGAACGAAAGAAGAAAUGUUAUAAUUGUUCAUAACUCUUUUUACAAUACGCUCAGUACUGAAGAUAGUGUUUGAGUCUGUUGUCAGUAGAGUAAGACAAAUGCAACGUAUAAUUGAUGACUUUUUAAUUUCCCGUUAACCCAUAUCUCUGAAUGUGUAAAAGUAUCUCAUGCGCAUGAACAUCCUAAGAAAAUCAGUCUUAACCGAGAUUUGAUGACAUAUUUCUGUCUAUUGGAAACUACGAAUUUCAGUCAUACUUUGUCUUGAAUCCUUGAAAGUGGUUUUGUUUCGGAUUCAUAGAUAAUGUAUCAAGGAAAACAUUAAAAUAGUAGUUUGUUUAACGAAAUAUCAAUGCUACAAACAUGUUUCUAUUAUGUACCUUGAUUUAAACAACUGCUUCAAUAAAAUAUGGAUGUACUCUGUCA